UUGAGCGGAAGUAGGUAGGUGGGCGGUGCCAGGCUAUCUAGGACCCCCAUUGAUUGGUCAAACCUGCUGUUCCCAAUCCCCAAAGUCGUGAUAUUUCUAAUUUCUUCUGACUUUAUUUUGCAGCGAGUAACAAAGGGGAAAUGUAUCGAAGCAAAAGUAUAAAUUUUAUUUAGGAAAAGUAGCGAGGUAAAGUGAAAGUUGCUAGAAUGUAAAUACUCAAGUAAAGUACAAAUCACGAAAAACAACUAACGUACAGUAACAAAGUAUUUUUACUUCAUUACUAUACACCACUGGUAGUGUAAUCACCUUAUCUCGAGGGUGUUGUGGUUUAACCAUCUCACCUCCAUGAUGUUGGUAGGGGUCAUUAUCUUAACUCAAGGAUGUUGGAAGGUGUCACUAUCUUAUCUCCAGGAUGUUGGUUGGUGCCCCGAAGGAGAAGGCGGAGCCUUAUGUGAGAGCCAAUCACACAGGAGGGGUGUACAGCUGUCCAAUCACUGCUGACCAAUCAGAUUGCUCAAGAAUCACCCUGCUUGGCUCAGAUACUGAGCUGGAUGAGGCUGAGGACCUGAUAGAGGACAUGUGGCUUGGUGUGUCAGUAGCCAGUCAGAAACAGCCAGCUGGACCAAUCCUAAUAUGUGGACACCGCUUUGUCAAACUUUAUGGGGCCUAUAAAUUAAGACAUAUGAUUGGCAAGUGUUAUCUCCGCGGCAACGACCUCCAACAAUACCAUGACAGCAUGCACUGGCAGAUCCCAAACCAAGUCUGCAGCCAUCGCGGCGACGUCUCUGGAGAGGUGAUGUGUAACAUGGGGAUAUCAGCUGACAUCAGUCAGACGGCAGUUCUGGUUGGAGCUCCAGGAAGCUAUGUGUGGCAAGGUAAUGUCCAUGUAUCCUGGGAGAAUCCAGAGAUUCUCUACAAUCCUGAACAAAGCUCCUUUCCAAACAUGGACAAACGACACACCUACAUCGGAUACUCUGUGGCGCUUGCCACACAUUUACUGAGCAAAGAAGCUGUAACCAUCGUAACAGGGGCUCCUCGUGAUGAUUUCAGAGGGUCAGUGUUUCUGGCUGACAGGAGAAACCGCAUCCUGGUUGUCAACCAAUCGCUGCACGGGGAGCAGAUGGGAAGUUACUACGGAAACGCUCUGGCUGUUACUGAUCUCAAUAAUGAUGGAUGGAGUGACCUCCUGGUGGGAGCUCCAUUUUAUUUCCAACCUGACCAGAAGCAGGGUGGAGCGGUGUACGUGUACAUGAACCAGGGGGGUUGGCUAAGGCUCCGGCGGGUCCUGCACGGCCCCUGGGACUCAGCCUUCGGGAUGUCUCUGGCCAGUGCUGGAGACCUCAACCAGGAUGGCUACCAGGACUUUGCUGUCGGAGCACCUUUUUUUCAAACAGGAAGUGUUUAUAUCUGGACAGGAAGUUCCACCGGUAUCUCCCAAGAACCAAGCCAGGUGAUCCAGGGUAGUCAGGUGUCCCCAGGCUUCAGGACAUUUGGUUUCUCUCUGUCGGGAGGUUUGGACGUGGACCACAACUUCUUCCCUGACCUGCUCGUCGGCUCCUUGGACGACACUGUUGCUUUAUUAAGGGCGCGGACGAUCGUUCAACUGAACCAAACUCUCACAGUGACUCCCGAAGUCCUUGACCCCGCCUCCUGGGAUGAGGGAUUACAGAUCAAGGUGUGUUUUUCCAUUGUAAGUCGAGGCAUCAUGAAAGUGAAAAAUAUCACACUUAAUUUCACUGUGAUUGCUGACAUCACACAGCACGAACCCCGCCUGCAUUUCCAUGAGAACGGACAUCAUGUAUACUCAGGGGUCCUGACCCUAGCAACGCAUCCUAGCUACCGCUGUCAGGACUAUACAAUGGGAGUAGUGAGGCCCAUCCAGGAGCAUGUGUCUCCGGUGGUCCUCAGCCUCAACGCCUCUUUAGUGGACCCUGGUCUCCUGCUGGAGAGCCCUCCGCACACCCACAGAAAGGUCCACAUCUUGAAGUCUUGCGGCUCAGAUCACCGUUGCCAAAGCAACCUCCAAAUGAGCGCUCAGUUCACCAAUCAGGAACUACUUCCUCUCCGAAAUCAUUCAGGUUUCCAGGUCUUCCGUUACAACAGCAGCAAUAGGAGGGUGUUUCUUGUUGUCAAGGUAACCAACUGCCCCUCUCCAAGGCAGUUAGCAGAGGAUGCUUACUUGACAACGCUUAACAUCAACAUCCCUCCGUCACUCAGAUACGCUGGAGUCCGUAGCAAGGGUGUAGUGUGUACUGAUGGAGGUGGGCUGCGGUGUGAACUAGGAGAUCCAUUCAUCAGCUCCCAGGAGACUGAGAUUGUGUUGCUGUUGGAGACACAAGACGAGUAUUUGGACAAAAGAGAAUCACACACACACCUGCAACUCACUACGUACGAAGCACAGAUACACACACACAAACACCUACACCUCACAACUUACUACUCACACAAACACACACAGCCACACACUCAUACCUGUAGCUCACUGCAUAUGAAACACACACACAAACACACUAUUAUAUCAUCAACACUCGCCUGUGUGUCUCUCAACCUACUGAGUGACCAGACUCCAGUGUCCGUCUCUCUUGCUCUUCUGAUGGAGUUUAUACUGGAGACCAACUUCUUCCUAAGCAGCCAGCCUAUCAGCAGCCAGUUUGGUGGUCAUGUGACCGGGGAGUCGGCUGUGAGGAGGACCAGGGACAUCAGUAGCCCUCUGAUCUUCACCCUGCAGGUCGACGUCAUCGGCAAGCCACUCGGCCCCCUGGGACACCUACAGCUGGAGGUCAGUUGGCCGCUGGAGUCCACCGGUGGGAAAUGGCUGCUCUACCUGACGGAGAUCAACCUGGACGGAAGCCCGGAACACCACUGUGCCACGCCCAGAAACAUUGUCAACCCCCUCAACCUCACAAGCGAGGGAGUGAGGAAGAGGAGUGUUGAUCAUGAAAGAGAAGAAAAUUUGAACCCGACGAAGAAAUCCUACACACUGGUAACUAGUAAUGUGUGUGUGUGUUUGUGUAGGAAUUUAACAAAUGCAGUGCACAGUGAACAUACAUAUAUAUCUGACAAACUAUUAACUUCGCAACAAAGUCUAUAUGCACAGAGGGGAGUAAAUGAGCGGCCCCUCCCCAAGUGGCAAAGCACAGGUGGGCCUUUUACAUUUAAAUUUAGGGCAUUUAGCAGACCUACAAUAAGUACAUUUGUCAUAAGAAGUGCAACAAUAUAUCGCUGUCGGUACAGUAAGGAUGAUUGUGAGGACGGUAGUGCUCGCUGUGUGGUCUUCACCUGUCGUCUCCCCAACAUGAAGACGACUUCCUCUCUCAGCCUCACAGCCAACAUCUGGAGCCCUACACUACUGGAGGACUACAGUGAUGCACAGAGUGUAAAGGUCAAAGGUCGGGCAACUUUGAAGCUUCAGACAGAAGAACCAUCAGCCAUCAGGAUGAGCCCCCAGACGCUGCAGCUGUGUGUUCUUCUCCUCCCAGAGGUGGGUGGGGGGAGAGGCGGCCCUCCCUUGUGGAUCUUCAUCUGCUCCAUCCUGACUGGACUCUUCCUGCUGUCAAUAAUUUGUCUGGUGCUGAGGAGGUGGGGUUUCUUCAUGCCGAAGGCAGAGCCGUGGAGGGGUGUAUCCCUCCACCAGGGGAGGCUGAGGAUGACAGAGGUGGGGGAGGAUUAAACUAUAGUGACAACCCGGUAACCUGAACAGCCGGUCACCCGACCAACUAAAAAACCCGGUCACCCGACCACCCGGUCACCUGACCA